GGGGAAAAUCUAUAAUGGCCUAGGCCAGUGGUUGUCAAACUUAGGCUCACGAGCCACAUGCGGCUCUUUGGCCCCUUGAGUUUUUAGCAAAGGCCAGCUUAGGAGUACCCUAAUUAAGUUAAUAACAAUGUACCUACCUAUGUAGUUUAAGCUUAAAAAAUUUGGCUCUCAAAAGAAAUGUCAAUCGUUGUACUGUUGAUAUUUGGCUCUGUUGACGAAUGAGUUUGCCGACCACUGGCCUAGGCCCCAAGUGAAAGGUAAUCUGGUAGUUGUAGGAUUGGGUCCAAUUCUAUAACUUUGGGGGUAAUUUAUUCAUUUUAAUCAUGCUACUUGAACCCCAAACAGCACAAUCAUAAAAAUUGUGAUAUAUUAUCUUCUUAAGAGUAUGUUUUUGCUCAGUGCUUGUUUGCAUCAGUGGCUGGCACUGUCUCCUGGUUAUGAUAUCAUAGGCCUUAGUAAACCAGCUUGUAGUGAGCUGGCCCUGAGGGAAGGCUGGUGUUGAAGUUACUUUCCACUCUCAUUUUUUUCUGGCAGUUGGAAGAAACUUCCCCAUAUCUGGCAAGUGAAUAUUCUCAUUGGUGGAAAAGAGCCUGUUGUACCAGAGAGAGCAUUGGAUUUGGAACCAGAAGACCUGGGUUUGGGGUGGUGGCUGGUAGGCAGCUGGCUGAAUGACCCGAGGCUGCUGCUACGCCUGGGCACACAGAUUUUUUCUAACUUUCUCCAGAUCCCCAUUCAGUUGAUCCGCGGUCUGAAAUUAAGUCGCAAAACGAUGGACUCUUCUCUUGCUGUCCUGCGAGUGUCUGGACUCUGCCGAUGGGGCCUGAGGAGUUGGGCACUGCCCAGAACUCCAAAGUUGAGUGCUAAAGGACCAGUCUCCUGGGCUCCUGCCAGGAUGGCGGCAACGCUGACCUUGGAGCCGGCGGGCCGCAGCCGCUGGGACGAGCCUUUGCGCAUCAUUGUGAGCGACCUGGCCAGGGGGCAGCCGGUCACGCUGCGAACAUCCCUGCGCGACGAGAAGGGCGCGCUCUUCCGCGCCCACGCGUACUACAGCGCCGAUGACAGCGGAGAGCUGGACCUGACGCGCGCGCCCGCGCUGGGCGGCAGCUUCACCGGGCUCGAGCCCAUGGGGCUCUUCUGGGCCAUGGAGCCCGAGAAGCCCUUCCUGCGGCUGGUGAAGCGGGACGUGCAGACGCCUUUCGCCGUGGAGCUGGAGGUGCUCGAUGGCCACGAGCCUGAGGGCGGACGGCUGCUUGGCCGGACGGUGCACGAGCGCGAUUUCCUUGCGCCCGGGGUGCGGCGGGAGCCGGUGCGCGCGGGCCGGGUGCGCGCCACGCUCUUCCUGCCACCGGAACCCGGACCCUUUCCUGGGAUUGUGGACAUUUUUGGAGUUGGAGGUGGCCUUCCAGAAUAUCGAGCUAGUCUACUGGCUGGGAAAGGUUUUGCUGUGAUGGCUCUGGCUUAUUAUAGCUAUGAAGACCUCCCCAAGAGCAUAGAAAACCUCCACCUGGAGUACUUUGAAGAAGCUGUGAACUACCUGCUUAAUCACCCUCAGGUAAAGGGUCCAGGAGUUGGGCUGCUCGGGAUUUCUAAAGGAGGUGAUCUCUGCCUCUCCAUGGCCUCGUUCCUGAAGGGCAUCACUGCUGCAGUCAUAAUCAAUGGCUCCGUGGCCAAUGUCGGAGGAGCCUUACACUAUAAGGACGAGACCUUGAACCCUCUAGGUUUCAACCCAGCUCGAAUCAAGGUAACCAAAGAUGGCUUUGCAGACAUUUUGGAUGUCCUGAACAACCCUUUGGAAGGACCUGACCAGAAGAGUCUCAUUCCUGUGGAAAGGGCUGAGAGCACCUUCCUGUUCCUUGUAGGUCAGGAUGACCACAACUGGAAGAGUGAAUUCUUUGCCAAUGAGGCCUCUAAGCGCUUACAGGCCCAUGGUAAGGAGAAGCCGCAGAUAAUCUGUUACCCACAGGCGGGGCACUACAUCGAGCCUCCGUACUUUCCCCUGUGCCGGGCUUCCCUGCACUCCCUAUUGGGCAAGAAUGUCAUUUGGGGAGGAGAGCCCAGGGCUCAUGCCGUAGCCCAGGUGGAUGCUUGGAAGCAACUCCAGAUUUUUUUCCACAAACACUUGGGGUAAUCCCACCAACACUGUGAUUUUUUAUUUGUGUGGCAUCUCUGAUGUUAAUUUAUCCUGGGAACAGCAGUUGCAAUUAGUGUGUAAAUGUAGUUUUUUUUUUUCUUUUUAAUAAGUACUUAGUUUUUCCUUCCUUACUGUUAAAAUGAACUUACCAAUGAGUUUUCAAGAUUUUUAUAAACUACAUGCCUUUUCAGUUGUUUAGGAGGAAAAGAAAACAUAAUAGAUGGACAAGGCAUACCUUUUUAGUCUCUCCCAACACACAAGGCUUUAGUUCUGAAAGGAAAAGUGAGAACGCUGAUUAAUAGUGACCCAUACAUAAUUGAUA